AGAUAAUUUAAGGAAUUGUCUGUAAUUUGAGGUGCUCCUCUCUGAUGGUGCAGGUGUGAAGCACUAGAUGUCAGCUGUUGAAGAGCAGCAGGCGGACAUACGUAGAGAAGACGGAGACUUGGAGUCAGUGACGCUGAGCUGCACAACAACAAGCCUCUCCUCUCCUCUCCUCUCCUUCAGCCUGCUCAACACACGAGACUCUCCGGAAUCUGUACCCGAGCUGCAGCUCUGCGUCUACAGGCACGAGGAUCCGUCAUGAACUGUGGAAGGUAGAUGUAGUUUUUUUAAUUUUAGCGAAUUGAAGUGAUGUAUGACGCGAUUGCAGGUAAUAAUGCACGAAAGAAAUUAUCAUUCCCUUGCAGUGAAAUUGUGUGAAAUUUGAUACGGCACCGCAGUGUGUUUACAUUUCUGGACUGCACGAGCUUACUGUGAGAGUGCGUGAACUGUAUUGAUCACGGAGGAGGUGCGCAGGCCAAAAAGAAAAAAAAAGUGGGUUGCAUAGUGACAUUGUUGGACUGAUGAGCAGGGCUGGGCGCUGAUUCCCUCUCAGACGUUUCUCUGACUCAAGCAACAUGAAAGGGUGUCACCCUGUCAACAACACUACAGCUCUCUGUUUUCUUUCACCUGAUCAGACAUUGAUUAUCAGCUGAUCAUUGAUCGAAGCAACACUUGCUUUUUGCUUAGUUUUUAACUCAUGCAAAAAUUGCUUUAAUGUGCAUAUAUGCUGUUUGAAUUUGUCCCCCUUUGCAGAAGGGUUGCAGGUUUGUGUAAUGGAAAAAAUUUAACAUUCAUGGAUCCCUCUGUGGAGGCUCCUGGAGGAUAGAAAAUCUGCUGCUAUUUAUAGGUGAAGUGCGGAGGGGUGCUAAGGAUUGCUGUGUCAGAUUCCCACUCUCCCUCUCUCUCUCCCUCGUUCUCUAUUUGUUACUCCCCCUCCUUGUGCGAGUGUGUGUGUGAGCCCAGCGUUUCCCUCUAUUUAUAUAAAAUGAACAGAGGAGUCUCAGAUGAAAAGGAACUGCAUCCGAAUUAUUCAAAACGGUGCAACUGCAGCAUCAAAGCCGAGGCAGGCAGAGCUGCACGGCUAAUCCUGUUCUCUGUGGUUAUCACAGACUAUGUGAAGUUCUCUCUCUUCUAAUCUGCAGCUGCACACUGUUUAAAAUGUGUCAUGUAACCUAUCAUCCCUCUACUGGUGCAGUCUGGUCAUGCUCAUUAACAUGUGUCCUUUGUGUCCACUCUCAGCAGGCUCUGAGACAAGACAGAGAUGCUGAUGUCUGGGACGCUCCGCCGCCUCCUCUUGGCUGGGACGUGUCUCUGUAUCUAUGGAAACCCCGUCCAUCUCCAAGACUCCACCCCCACGCAGGACAGAGUAACAAGUGUCGGGCCGACGCAAACCCCAGAUGUAAAGUCUGAAUCCACAAGUGCGGAACAUGUGACCGGGCUGAUGUUGGAUGUCGGUGCGGCAGGAGGGGCUGACCCACAUGAAGCACCUGUGGGAUCAUCUCCAGUGACGCAGACAGAAAAUGGGGAUGGCCUCGAUGGAAGAUCUGGGCUAGGGGAGGCAGGCGGAGAGGCACCGAGCCAAAAGAGUGAGGAAAAGAAGGUCGGGAGCACAUCUGAGAUGGGAGAUGCUUUGAGACAGUCUGAGAGAGCUGCAGUGCUGCCUGUAGAGGAGGAUACUGCCAUCACCAGUGGUCCUACAGGUGGAAAGAAGCAGAUGGACAUAGACCAAACCCCUACAGCCAGGAGGGGCAGAGACCGAGGCGGAGAGGACUUAACAAACCCACCUGCGUACGCCUAUUCUGUCCAGGGUAAAAACCCAGAAACAGACCUGCUGUUCUCUACAGAACCUCCAAAUCCUGGAGAAACCACUCAGAAACUGCCCUCCCACAGUCCCAUCUUUGUCUCCCCUCAGACCUUGACACCUUUGUCCAUUUGGAGUCAAGAUGGAGCUACAACUUCUUCCCUCCCUGAACCUCUGCUACCUGAAUUUGGACCAAACCUAAUGCCGAAAGAAGACGGACCAGAGAGUCUGUGGACUGAGGCUGUGAGGCCCGGUGGAGGUGAGUUAGAAAAAUUAGGAAUGUAGAGCAGAAAGGAAAUGAAUGGAUAGGGUAUCACUCUCUAUAUAGGACCUUAGUUCAAUAUGUGCAAACCAAAUCCUCCAAAGUGGGUCUGUAGUUAUUGUCUCCCUCCACAUCGAGCUCUAUUCUCCGUCUUGCUGGAGUUUUCAGGGUUUCAGGAGGCUUCAUUAAGAGUGAAGCGGAAAUGAAAGCGACACGUCUUGUGGCAGAGAUUGCCUUUGAUGAUUGGCAAAGAAAGGCGCCCGCUUUUCCACGCUCCACUUUGAACCCCAGCUGGGACCCGUGGCGGUCUAAUUACUUUCUAUUCUUGACUCCAGCGUGAAAAAAAAAAAGAGAGAAAGAACAGACACAUACUCUCACAACUGGAUGGAAGAGACUGGUGGCACUUUUUUUCCAAGUCUUUAGAGGAUUCAUCCCCUUUGUCUCUUUCUCUGUAUAUCCCUCUUCUUCCUUAAAACCUUGUCUUUUCCUCCCCACACUUCAGAAAAAAAAAGACUCAGGCAGGUUAUUAUUCAGUGAGGCGGAGAAGAGAAAUGGAUUAAACAAGUCUGUCUAAGCCAAUAUGUGCUCCUGACGUCCGUGUGGGGAUGGUGUGUUUGAUGAAGCUUCCUCCUGACAGAAUAGAAGCUGACAAAAAAAAACCCAAUUCCCCAAACAGCAUUAUGUAAAAACUUUGCAGUCUUUAUAAGUGUUUUUCAGCCUACUUUAGAGACGCAUUGGACUAAAGGAAAUGCCUGAGAGCUAUGCGCAGUGACAGUUUUCGCCUCGGUGGGAGCUCCUUAUCAAGAAAGAACUCUAUUUUCAGAUCCUCUUUCUUUCAUUGUGUCCUUGCUGCUCUGAGAGGGUGGUGCGAGCGCCGCUAAUGACAAAACCUACAUGCAGAAAAAAGUCAACCGCAUCAAAACACUGCGUUCUCUCACAAAUUAUUCAGUGCCCUAUGCUGAAUACAUGUGUUCCGGCGCAAAAGAAAAUGUGUGUUUCUCAUUUAAGAGGACUUAUGUGAGAAGAAAACGCGAGACUCGUGACUUGUUCUUGCUCAUUUGUCCUCGUUUUGUCGCAUUGUGUUAUGUGGGCACGAAGGUGGGACCCAGUUUACUCCUCAUACAUGACUUACAGGCAGAAAGUAAAGCAGGCAAACCAGCAGCAAGAAAGUGGUUGAUGCAAAGGCAGGCAAGGAAGUUUCAACAAAGCAGAACGGGAAAGACCAACUAACAAAAUAAUGGAGAGAUUUUCUCUACAAGAUAUUUAAAGCUCCUGUGAUGAACUUUUUGUUUGUGUUAGUUUUGGCACCCCCUGUGGUCAAAGCAGCCUUGCUUGAGCAGACUAUCGUUAAUUCUGAAUAUUUUAUGUGGAAAUUGUUCAGUCAGGACCGCUUACAUCCUCUUUUACCCAGACAUCUCCUCUUUUUUAGUCAGAGAGCGUAGUCAGAGUAUGAUUGGACAAUGGAUGUGCGCAUGUGCCACGCCCCCGUAACCCUGGGGAGUGGCACUAUCAUUUAAAGAACUUUCGACUCAGAAGCAACUGCAACAUGGCUAAAGCAAGAAAGAAUGUCCACUUUUGGAACAACGAGGAGAGUGCCGUUAUGCUUUCCCUUCUGAAAGAAAUGGACAUUUUAAGGACGGCUGCAAAACGAGGAACAGAGACAUCUAUAAAAAGGUCCGAAAUCAGCGCCACUGGAAAAAAACAUAUCGCCCCUUAGUUUCGGGGAGGAGCACACUUUGGCAUCAAUAAUUCGAUUUGUUUCGACUGACACUUCACACACCAAAAAAAAACUACUAAGUCUCAAUCACAUGCAGCUAAGAAAUACUCCUAGUAGUCAGCCAACACUCCCAGGUGUAGCUAAUCCCCCUUAAUUGCAGCAGGUGUAGCUGAUAUCCUUAAUUGCAGCAGCAGGCCAGCAGAAGAGACACACCCUGCCCUUUCCCCCUCUUACUACCCCAAUUCUUACCUGGCCUCUCCACCCUCAAGUCUCCUCCCUCAUCAGUGAAAUCAUAAUGACCUUUAAAACAUAUUUACAAUAAACAAUAUAUACAAGUAACAACACAAUUCAAUUGACUUAUAUACUAAUACAGCUAAAAUUGAGGUUCUAAUAAACUGAGGGAAACCUAAACAAGCCAAACCUAACAAAAUAUCUCGUUUUAUAACUCAAUGUGCAUCUGUGUAUGAUUUUUUAUACCUCAGUGAGGGGGAUGCUGUCCAGCUCCCUCACAGGUAUCAAUAUGCAUUCUAAUGUAUUUCAAAAACAUAAAAAAAUUCCUCACAGGAGCUUCAGUAUUUAAAAUAGCAUAUUUUACUUGUAAAAUAAUCGAAUACGUUGGUUAAAAUUCAUUUAAAACCAUGCAAAUCAAGUUCUUAGUAACAGUAACAGUGGGGGUUACAACAGGAAGAGCACAUUUUUGGCACUGAAUACAAACAAAGCUGUGCUGCAGAGUCUGACCCUCCUCCUGUCUCUGUCUUGUCGCCUCCCUCACAGUAAAUACGGAGGUCCCUCUGUCUCAGGAUGAAGCCACAGAGGGCACCAUGUCAUCAGAGGCUCUCCCUCUCAUCUUCGAGCCGUUUGAAGAUGUUGCAUCAGAGGGGGCACCGGCAGACGCGGCCGUCACGUCAAUGCCAGGCAGCGCUCAGCCCCUCGCUGCCAUGGCGACUGCAGGAAUGGACGUGGACCCGCAGCUGGUCACCGUGGAGACAGACAGUGAUAGUCUCUCCCAGGCACCUCCCCUGCUGAUGCCAGACUGGACCUCACCCUGGCAGACAUCUGGCGCUGAGCAGCUGGAGCCAAUCAGCUCCUCGGGACCGUCUGUGUCACAGCAGCGAGCAGGAAGUGAGGCGGAGGAUCACACAGGGAGAGGUGAGAGAGGAUAUGUUAGGGAAAGCAUGAAUGGAUGCUUUUCAAUGCCAACACAAUGCUUUGAGAAGAAGCCUCUUUAUGUACCUGAUACUCAAAUUCUACUUUAGCCUGAUUUAGCCUUUUUAAAGUUUCAUAACCAAUAUGCAUAAUUCACUUUAUUUUUAAAAAUUAUAUGAGUAAACACAUUUAUUAUCCAGUUUGUUAUGUUGUAAUGCGACAGUACACUCACCUUAUCCACUUGGCAAUUGUUGUUCUCUGAGAUUGCUCUCUAGGUAGGAAGCUUACAUGCUUUUAGUAAGUCCCCCUGUGUUCAAGGUUGACUCUCUAUUUAAAGAAAGAGGAAACGUGCGAAUUAAAAGACAACUCCCUGGUCAAAUUUAAAACCUUUUUAAUCGCUUAUUGGCCCCAAAGGGCUGCAUCGCACUGACCAACAUUAAGGGAGUGUGUCCACUGACUGCAUCAUUUUGGACCUUUUUUUAAACCAGUCAGCUUUUUCAAUGUUCAGGGUCCUAAAUGCAAAAAUGCUCAUGGGAUCAACUGUGUUUGUACAAAACAUUUAAACUUUUUGGACAAUUGUAUUUGUCAGUGUCUCUAACAAUGAAUCACAAUCCAAAGAAAGGUGUUAGUGGACACAGGCCCCAAAUUUUAAACAAUUCCUCACUGACCAGCUCACCUCACUUCUAUUAACCUUCCUCCUGUGUUUGCUUUUACUACGCACCCACUAUGUUAAGAAUCAGUUUCAACCCGUGUCUUAAAUCAGCUGUAAAUUACACUAAAAACAAUUCUCUAUCAUCCAAUUUGGUUCUCAUCUCCAAGUACCUUGUUAGGCUUCAUUAUCCAUGAAAAUAUUGCUUAUAAUAUUUUUUGUAGUGAGCCUCUGGACCUUUCUUUGUCAGUAUACCCCUCAUAUAGACAUCUAUACUGAACUGAUCCUACAUGUCUGGACAUGUCCGACGUUGUUUUUUGUGCAGGGAAAAAACAGGCAAAAUGAGAAUUUCCUAAAUCUCACAUGAUUGGAAGAGGAUCUGACUGUCAGUGUGGUGCCUGAACGUGCACACAUGAUUUUAUUUUUUGCUCUUAUAAUCUAAACAGGUCAGCAGCGACCCUAACACGACAAGUGCCAUAGUUUUAAUAAGAGUAUUUUAUAAUUAAGUCAAUUUAAUCUUUUUAUUUUUAGUUUGUUGAAAUAGAGGUUCCUGACAUCUGCCUGGCAUCUACUAUUUUCACUUCCCACCGUCUGUUCAGUUGUUGUCCACUUAAGGGAAGAGAUGAAGUCUCCAGAUUCUUAUCUUUUAUGGGAUUUAUAAACCCUGCACACAGGAGAACAAUACAGGGUGUAGUCCUCCAUCACCGACCCCACAGCAGCUGCUGGUCGGCUCUGCUUCUGUGGGCCAUAAAGAGGCAUCAGGAAUAAUUUCCGUCUGUUUCAUAACUAGAAUUUAACUCCUUACCGGAGCUUCAAGCAGCAAACAUUCACCCGCUUUAUCAUGCAAACAUCAUGUGAGCUGUUUGUUUCUGUAAUAUAAAGAAUGUGCCUUUUUUUUGAGAGAGGCGUACCUGAAACACAACAAAUACAUUCACCACCCACACUAUAAUUAUGCAUGCUGUAGUCAGAGACUCAGCCUCCCACACAUCAUUAGACAGUAAGGAGCUGUCAGUUGUACGAACAGCGAGUGUAAACCUCUUCUUCUCCUGCGUCCUCCUUGUCCUUUUUGAUUUGAAACAUGUAGGUGCUGCGAGGACACUGAACCUUCAGGGUAACUUGCCCACCGCCAGCGCCUCCCUCUCAUCCUUGCAGCAAGCUAUGACAACCGUAGCCAUGGCAACCAAUCAGCCGGUGCACAAAUCCAGAUCGGGGUUAGAGGAGAUGGAGUCCGACGGUAAGAUGAGUUUUAUCGACGGCUGAAAGUCGAUUUUAUUUUCAUCUUAGACCUUAUCUUCCCCUGGCUGCUGAGGAGAACAUUUUCAUUUUUAUCCCCUUCAGAGGAGCAGGAUGAAGAUGAGGAUGAUGAGAACUCAGAGGAAUCAGUGGAGGACGAGAGUGAAGAGGACCUGACAGAGACACCGAAAACGUCCUCCACGCCACCUCCAUACAGCCUCAUUCCUCCACCUCCUGUGUGGGUUCAACGCAACCAGGGACUGAGUACGGCUUUAAACAGCUUUUAAAUCACGAUUAUUCUCGAUUUUAAGUAUUUUACAAGCUCCUAUUUUCAACAUAAUCAACAUAAAUCAUUUAAACUCCUUCAAGUAUGGAGAAGUUAUCCUUUAGGAUGUCGUCCUCUGAAGUCUGUGUCCUUUUUCUUCUAGUGCGGAGCUGGGUAGAGCUGAUCAGAGAAAAGGUAAGACUGCCCUCUGCUGUCCUUUAUAAAUCUUCAUUACACAUCUAAAUAAGAGCCUAACAUCGCCUCUUCAGUUUGUGGAGUCAUGAAUACAGCCAGCAGUAAUGUUUUUAGAGGGAAAUUUAGCCAUGUGUCAAGUUAAACUCAUACUACAGUUAGAAAAUGACUGACUUAAAGCUCCUGUAAGGAACUUUGCAGCUUUGGCGCCCCCCUGUGGACAUAACAGUCUUUAUUAGUCUGCAUAAACAGUCUCUUGAGACAAAAAAAUCUGUCAAAUUAAUUGUUUGUUUCGGGCAUCAAAAAGUACAAUAUGAAGAUCAUGAUGGUAUCAUUUGUUUUUGGAUGUCAUAAAAAAAUAUUGGUCCAUUUCAUAAAUAUCAAAAAACUCCUCAGAGGAGCUUCAAGUACCAACCGAGUAAUUUCAGAAUAAGUUGGAGAGUAGGAAAAGUUAACAUCACGUGACAUAACAGUGUUUCAGUGUACUACCUUUGGCCACAGUGUGAGUACAGUGAACCCUGUGUGGCUCCACCCUUUGCAGGCAGGGUAUGUGUCUGGGAUGUUGGCCCCUGUUGGGAUUGGCAUCACCGGGGCCCUGCUGAUCGUUGGGGCCCUCUAUAGCAUCAGGAUGAUUCACCGUAAGAGGAGAAACAGCUUCAAACACCAGAGGAGGAAGGUCAGACAGCAAGAGGUCAAUACCCUACUCUUAUUUACCACUUUUUAAUUAUUAUUAUUAUUACUUUCAGUUGUUGGUUUUUCUUUAUAAUGUAACUUUUUUUUCUUUUCCAGCAACCUCGGGAGCCCGGGACCAGCCGUCAGGAUCAGGCCAUGCUGCUGGCUGACAGCUCUGAGGACGAGUUCUGAUGAUGAGAGCCUUUUGGGUUCCUCUUAUUUGUGACCACUGGCUGAUGCUCCUGUAAAAGCGGGGCCUGUCAAACACCCCCUACUGCUAUGACUACUACAACUCCUAACACCCAGGGCUGUUUGGCUAUGACUCAUCUGAUCCUCACAGUGUGACUGAGUGUAAAACACAGUUUGCACACAGGCUGCACAAAGGUCAGCUUUGUAUUCUCCCAUCUCUAAAUCUACCAAUGUGAGCACUUUUCUGAAGGUUGUCAGGUGAUAUUGACAGAUGGUUUGGUCGGGCUGUAGUGAUGCACUUUGACGUGAGAAAAUAAUGUUGCUGCUUAAAAAAACAAAACACAUUUGCAGGGUAUUUGGAAAUGUAAUUAAAGGGUUCAUCUUUUCUAGAGUGUAGGGGAAGUUUGGACCAGCAGGUUAAUUGUCGAGUAAUAAAAAGGGCUGUAGAGGAGUAAAAACAAUGUAAAUACAUGUACUGUAAAUGUAGCUGACUCUGGGUCAGUCAUGUGAGUGUAAAUAAACUUUAAGUUCUUAGUAAACACUUAGAGUAUUUAGAGGGAAUCGCUUCACAUUAAUUCUCAUUUAGAAAAAUACAAUCUGGUGUAAAGAUAAUGUUUCGCACCAAGACUAGGGAAACAUCUCAAUAAGUUUAGAAAGCUUCACAUGAGACUGUUGGCGUUAACGCUUUGUUUAAAUGUGAAUUUUGUGAAAACUUCAAUGUUUGCUUUUUACAUUUGCUUUUAACGGUUACUGUGAUAUGCACUUACAAAAACCAUAAUCCUAGUCUUAACACGUAGCAUAGAGCGGAUUCUGUUGUAAAAUAUGCAGAUAUGGGAUUAGGGUUAGGUAACGCUGUCUUUUACAGUACACUUAUUACCAGGUAAUUAACAGGUAAUUACCUAGUAACAACAUUAAAUUAUCUGGUAAUUUCAUGAUAACUACUAACUACUAAGUCAAUACUGUCCAUCAUCAUACAGAUUUGAAGCCGAAUUGCUCUUGUAUUUCCAGGAUUUUCUCCGCUUCCUGGAACCACCACUUGCGCAGUAGCAUUGUACGCAUUCGGCGGGUGAGUCACUGUGAUGAUGCUCGGCUCAAACAGCGUAUCGCUACACAAUCUUCGCAUGCCCGUAGGUUGUAUCAAGUGUCAAUCAUAGAAAAUAAGAACCGCACAGAAAAAAGAAAAACUAGACAGUAUUGACUUAGUAGUUAUCAUGUAAUUACCAGAUAAUUUCAUGUUGUUACUAGGUAAUUACCUGUUAAUUACCUGGUAAUAAGUGUACUGUAAAAGAAAACGUUACCGGAUUAUUUUAUCGCCACUUGAGAACUUCUCUCCUUCAUCGCAUGACUACAUCUAAGUCUACUCAUACACGGACCUGUUGCAGAGAUUGCAGCCUCGUGAAUCAAGUGUUUCUGUCAGCUGGGGAGGCACAAGAAUUAAAAAUACUUAACCAGGAGUUUUUUUUUUAUUUUUUAAACCAGCUAUUUUUGCACAACGGUGGUUUUUGUGUGUAAAUCUGGUCCAGACUGGGACGAAUAAAGGUGGUGUUCAGGCAGACGUGUUCGGUCAAAGAUUGCAGAGUUACAGUGUGUCAUAGACGGAUAAGAGUCCUUUUGUUUCCAGAUAAAAAUAACUCAUUUGAGACGUGUUUAUAACCCCACAGAAGACACACUUUCUUCUCUUUUGUUUCAGGAUAUUUUCUAUAACUACAUAAGCCAUCUACUAUGCUUAUAUACGACUGCCUGUUUAUAUGCAAUAAUGUUUUAGAGUCAAUGUGAUGUAAAAUAGUGGACACUUUUGUCUCUGUGUAGAUAUAAAACAAUGUGAGAAAUUAAACUACUUCUUGUAGAUGUCUGAUUGUGCCCUUUCUUAUCAAGUGUGGGAUGAAUGACACUCUAUACAGCAGCAGGCAAGAUAACCCGAGUUACAGCAUUAAAAAAAUCAAAUAAUUUAUUUCUGUGUUCUUUUUCCACAUUAAAUAAAAGCUUUCGGACAUUUCCAGAUCAAAAUCAAGAGGAGGGACAGGGAAGAGGAACAGGGGGAACAGAAAUCUGACAUGCAAAAAACACCGUUUGCUCUCCCCUUUUGCACACUUGGUGGAUGGCGGUGGAGGCGUAGCAGCCCGCCCUGUAAAAGACUGCAGCGAGCCCCCCUCUGGGGAUGGUUGGUUUGGUGGUUGCUUUUACUUGCAAAGCCGAGAAUGAUGUCUAUUAGGCCUGGAAAAACUGGUUUCUGGGGAGAAUUUAUGAUUGUAACACUCAAACACAGGCUGGCAGAUGUCGCCCCCAGGUGAAGCCAGGAGUGGGGUUGUGAUUGUUAAGAAUAAGCCUUCUUUUUAAUCUUUUUGAUCGCACACUAAAGUCUGGGAUGAAGACGAGAAAAACCGCUUUUGACACCUGUGAACACUGGACUGGCAUGUCAAGUCAAAACUUAUUCCAAAGGCAUAAUCGGAGAGGAAACCGAGCCACCCCACGAGCCAUGGCAGCAAACUGAUACAGAUGGUGAAGCCCUUCAGUCUGGGAUCUGAACAGAGCUCUUUGGCUCACUAGGACAGGCUAAUGCCCAGAAAUCUGGUGGAACUGGCAGAGUCUCGCAGAUUAACAGGGGUAACAUCUAUUUCUUUAAAAUGACGACUGGAUUAGUCAAUUUUAGGUGUUAUAGUCUUCAUCUUCCAGUGGUUGAGGUUUUAAAGAAAGAAGGAUUAGGACAGAGGAGGCACAAGAGAUUCAAACCUCCAAAGUAAACCAGAAGGAGUCGACACAGGGUGAUAAUCAAAAUAUAAACAGUGUCAGAAGAGCAGUGAAGAGAAUAGUUUGUGUUUUUUUUUAGGGUUUGGAGCAAAUUUUUGAACUGCUCACCAUUCAUGAUGGGCCAAAGUAGCACAGAAACUUAAAAUAAAACUCUGAUAAAUCAACCCAAACCGCCCCCAUCCCAACAGAUGAUUCACAAAAAAAACAUGCUCUCAAAAUAUCCAAUGAAUAGAACAACACUCUUAUACAAAUCUGAAAAAAAAAGAAAAAAAAUAGGUCAUAUGAUCCGUUGCUCAAAAUGCACAGACGCAAACUCACGUACACAGGCUGUUAUGUGGGUGGAAACUCUGUAAACAUCUACUUUCCCUUUCUUUCAGUUCUCGGCUCCCGGGGGUCGUAAAUCUCACCUUCAAGGGGGGGGGGACAAAGCGGCCGCACAGAUUCACGGAUGAAACCGUCUUGACCUGUGUGACUUCUGCUGCAAACUUUGGCGUGUUCUCGAGGGGGGGAAAAAUUUGUGACUGUUAUAAUGCCUCACGCUCAGAAUAACACAGGCAGGAUGAAAACUCGCAGAUGUCCAAUUGCAUAAUUUAAUACUCAAGGUGGAAAAUGAUAUUUAAAAUUGCAUUUACAACCCCGAGAUGUGGGUUGUUUUUCAAUUUGACUCUUGGAAGAAAAAGGAUCUUAUCUCCCCUCAUCCAUCACCCGGGCUGUCUCCUGCCCUCUCUAUUGCAUUAAGCUCUAACUCACAUCUUGGAAAGCUAAAAAAAAAAAAAGUGAUUUGUUCCUUCCUGUUGUCCAUAUAAGGCUGGAGCAAAACACAGCACCUCAAAGGCUCUGAUUUUUUCCUGUGUGGGGCCUCUGAAAGUAGAGAAACGAAAAUCUAACAGAAGAGAUCCACACUGAUGUCAAAACACGCGCUCACACAUUCAUACACACACAAACAAACGCACUGCAGCGAUUUCUACAGAAGUGCAUCUGACCUUUGUUCAUUUUUACUUAAAAUAAAAAACAAAGAAAAAAAAAAAAGGCUGAAGCAAACUGUUUUUGCCAUUGUUAGUGUAAGUUCGGAACGUCCGGGGUGCAUCUGUAACACGUUCCAGGCUGGAGAUCUUUAACAUGUUAGCGAGGUUGGUUGUGCAUCGAGUUAGAACACCGGGGAAGUGCAUCAUGAACUCAGCCGCUCUUGCGCAGCGUGAGGUUAUACAGGUGUAGAGUAGACAAUCUAAAUAAACUGAAAGCGAACACAAGAAUAAAAUAUAAUCUGCUAAGAAUACUUAUCUAUUUUCCUUUUUUUUUUUUAAAUCAAGAGAUAAACACACACGCACACACGGCAUACGCAAAAAUGGGGAAUCCAGCAUUAUGAAAAAACUCGACCAGACCAGGACCGGAGCGAGGCUGCCAAAGUGGCGCCUUCAGGGAGGGGUUGGGGGUCACUGCAGUUGUGGCUGAUAGUGCAGAUGGAUUGAGUGGCACUUUUUUUUAAUAGAGGAGGAGAAACAGAAGAAUCGUCGAAAAGGAGUGACACAAAAUCAUUGGCAAGGAGUCUCUCUUCCUCCUGUUUGGGGAAUCUUGCAGCAGCUGGCAGUGCAUUUGGAAAAUCAAAACAAAAGAAGAAAGUUCUCAACCAUACUGUGAGGGUUUGAUGACAGAGGGGAGGGGACCGAAGAGAGAAGGUGGGCGAAGUUUGAGGCGCUAAUGGAGUGAUUUCGAUCAACUGCUCUGUGACGACAUGCUUACACCAAAAACAGGAAGGAGGGUUAGCUUUAGACUGGGUUAAUCUGCACACACACUCACACACACACGUACACACACGCACAGUUCGCACUUUUUCCCCCCGCACUCACAGUAAAAUAAAUGCAUGCAUAUCUUUACAGGCUUCAGUCCUGGAGGCUGAGGCAAGUGAUGGAAAACUGGACAGGGAGGGAGACAAAAACAACAGUAGUCUAACUUCACACACUCACACUCACACUGUCAGCACACAAAAACAGGCCGCACACCCGCUUUUUUAGAAAAAAAAAAAAAACACAAACAAACAUGAGGCGGUACAAACACACAGUCAUACUAUAGCUUUUCCACCAACCGUCCAAGGUUAAAAAAGAAACACAAAAAUAAACUCCACAAAUAUUUUUUCUUCCCAGUCUGUUUUUGCCGCCUUACUUCCUUGUUUCACGUCAUGUUUUGUUUUCUUGAAGUCUGUUUGUGUCCUGUGUUCUGCACCAGGACUCGCCGUGGUGGUGGUGCCGUGUCCUCGUUUGAGCUGCCUCACGUCACGGUCGAUGCUGCACCCCAAUACCACCCUCACCCCCACCUCUCCUCCUAUUCCUCUUCUCAGGUAGCAUGAGGGGCCUCUUCAUGAAAACAUCAGGAGGGUUGUUAGUCUGUUUCUGCCAAAGCAACACUUGUUCAGAGGUCGAGGACAAAACGAGGGCGUGUUUGCAUGUCUAUGCGCAUACUCCUUAUGUUUGAACACAAGUGUGUGUGUUUGUGUGUGUGUGUGUGUGUGUGUGAGAGAGAGGGUGUGUGCUGUGUGUUUGUGUGUGUAUAUAAGAGUGAAAUGACCAGGGCAGAGCUGAGGCUGUCAAGCUGAUAGUGUACGAGGUGAACAGCACCUGCUGUCCCAUUUUUUCCUCCCCCGUCCCCUCUUCGUUCCUCUAGCGGAGCCACAGUUUGAGCCGCAGCGCGUCCACUCCGUUCAGGUAGUAUCUGAACAGCCGCUUAUCUCUGACAAAACCCAAGUUCUCGUACAGCUUCAGGGCUGAUUUGUUGGUUAUUUCGGUCUCCAAUACAACCUGGGGACACACAGACGGGCGCGUUAUUAUGUUUAUGUUUACAUGACAAACUUCACCAUAUGAUAGCACAAAACAGGUAUAAUGUAACUCUGUCUUAGAGAAACCUGCACAUUUUUUCAAACAUAGAAAUGACGUUUUUUUCCUAAAAUUGUGCAUGUUGAAGGUUAGACACCCCAAAUAAUCAUUUGCAUUUCAAAACCAAACCAUAUUUAAAGGGAUAUUCCAGCAUGAAAUUAAUUUAGGGUCAAACACACCGUAACACAGAGUUAGACACCCCCUUGAGAGAUGAAUGUUGCCGACCGCUUACUUCUCUAGUUAUACCAACUUUAGUAACGACCGCAGGAUAGCAAUACACAGCGGUCUGAGGAGCCAUAAACAAACCUCAACCUAAAAGCCACUCUAUAGCCACAAAUAAUGCUCGGAACAGAACUUCAUCAACAGUACAUAUAGGGUCCUAACCAUAGCAGUAGCCACCAAACAUCUUAUUAACUUCACCUGAUUCUUUAGCAAAGAGACUGAACACAACUCACCUACUCUCUUCCAGCAGCUGCUUGUUUGUAGUGAGACCUCGGGCCAGUCCAUUACGGACUGCUGUGGGGUGACGCAGCUCAAGGAAGAACAUUUGUAAUCAUUACUUCAUCAUUUCCUUGAAGUACUAAUCACCAUAUUAAUCAUUUUGCACUGCAGACGCGGUAGUUCUUCUGUCUUAGUGUCUCGGUCUGUUUGCAUUUCCAUGAAGAAAUGAUCAUAAAUGUUCUUCCUUGAGCUGCGUCACCCCGCAGUAGUCAAUGGACUGGCCUGAGGUCUCACUACAAACGCAGCUGCUGGAAGAGAGUAGGUGAGUUGUGUUCAGUCUUUUUGCUAAAGAAUUAGGUGAAGUUAAUAAGAUGUUUGGUGGCUAGUACUAAGGCUGGGACCCUAUAUGUACUGUUGAUGAAGUUAGGUGCUGUUCUGAGCAUUACUUGUGGCUAUAGAGUUGCGUUUUGGUUGAGGUUUACUUAUGGCUCCUCAGACCGCUGUGUAUUGCUAUCCUGUGGUCAUGUACUAAAGUUGGUAGAACUGGAGAAGCAAUCAGUUGGCAACAUUCAUCUUUCGAGGGGGUUAAAUUAAUUUUACGCCGGAAUAUCCCUUUAAUGCACUAAUCAUGGGAUCAAAUCUCCUUCAUUCUGCUAGCUCAGCUGAUACAGGAGAGCUAACCUGUGGAAAGAAAACACAGC